UAUGCAAAUGAAACUGUUUGUAACCGGAAGUUCGUGUAUUGUAUUCUAGGAACGCUAGAAAAGGAUUGUUGUUUGGCGCCUUUACAGGCCGGCUAGUUUUUUGUGUUGAAGUUAUUGUAAAUCCGCUAGAAAUUCCAAAUAAAACCUAAAAAUGGGUGACAAGGGUGACGGAGAAACCUUCGACGAUGCUGUUGAAGAGAGGGUCAUUAACGAGGAAUAUAAAAUAUGGAAGAAGAAUACACCUUUCCUUUACGACUUGGUCAUGACACACGCUUUGGAAUGGCCCUCUCUGACUGCACAGUGGUUACCAGAUGUAACUAGGCCUGAAGGAAAAGACUAUUCUGUGCACAGAUUGAUUCUGGGAACUCAUACAUCAGAUGAACAGAAUCAUCUCCUCAUUGCUAGCGUUCAACUUCCCAAUGAGGAUGCACAGUUUGAUGCAAGCCAUUAUGAUAAUGACAAGGGCGAGUUUGGUGGUUUUGGAUCGGUCUCUGGGAAAAUAGAUAUUGAAAUAAAAAUUAAUCACGAGGGUGAAGUGAACAGAGCUCGGUACAUGCCACAGAAUCCAUGUGUGAUUGCAACCAAGACUCCAUCUUCUGAUGUGCUCGUCUUCGACUACACUAAGCAUCCAUCCAAACCAGAACCCUCAGGAGAAUGUCAUCCUGACCUGAGGUUGCGGGGACAUCAGAAGGAAGGCUAUGGUUUGUCAUGGAAUCCCAAUCUCAACGGUUAUCUGCUAUCUGCAAGUGAUGAUCAUACAAUAUGCCUGUGGGACAUCAACGCGACACCGAAGGAGGGUCGUGUCAUCGACUCCAUGUCGGUGUUCACGGGACACACGGCCGUCGUCGAGGAUGUAGCCUGGCAUCUCCUGCAUGAAUCACUCUUUGGAUCAGUAGCUGAUGACCAGAAAUUGAUGAUUUGGGAUACAAGAUGUAACAACACGUCGAAACCUUCGCAUACCGUAGACGCGCACACCGCCGAAGUGAAUUGUCUUAGUUUCAAUCCAUAUUCGGAGUUUAUACUCGCCACAGGAAGUGCCGAUAAAACAGUAGCACUGUGGGAUCUGCGCAACCUGAAACUGAAACUGCAUUCGUUUGAAUCACACAAAGAUGAGAUAUUCCAAGUCCAGUGGUCACCUCACAAUGAGACUAUUCUGGCUAGCAGUGGUACAGAUAGAAGGUUGCAUGUAUGGGAUCUGUCGAAGAUUGGCGAGGAGCAGACGGCGGAGGACGCUGAGGAUGGUCCACCGGAGCUGCUGUUUAUACACGGAGGCCACACCGCCAAGAUCUCAGACUUCUCAUGGAACCCCAACGAGCCGUGGGUCAUCUGCUCUGUCUCCGAGGACAACAUUAUGCAGGUGUGGCAAAUGGCAGAAAACAUCUACAACGAUGAAGAGCCUGAAACACCAGCAUCGGAGCUGGAGUCCGGAGUCAACGUCAACCACGGCUAAGUCGAGAUUACCUGCACGGAACUCAUCGGUGUUGUGCUUUUCAAGGAUUUUUAUUAACUCUUUCGUUUAUGAAAUGGAAGGCCAUUUUAACAGUUGAUUUCAUGAUUUUUUUGGAUAAAAUGUCAAGGAGCCAAAAAUUCACAGUGAGUGAUCUACAAAUAUUAAUUAACUCUAUCAUCUCAGAAUUUCUGCAGUCAAAGUAUAAUUUAUAUGUAUGUAUUUGUUUCUUUAUGUUAAGUAUAUACUUAGAAGUUCUAGAUAGCUAUGUGAUGAAUAUAAUGAGUAGGUACAUUGCAAAUGUGACAAUUAUUCUCCAAAGUUUGCGCGUAUUUCAUUUAGUUUUUUAUCUGAUGUUUGUAAUUGAAAAGAAAGAUUGCUAUUUUUUUUAAUUGUUGUUACAUUUUGAUAUGCUUCUUAUUUGAGUAGAGAUCACUAGGUUGAUUCCUUUAAAUAAUCCUAAAAUAUAAUACAGCUUUGAUGCAGUCUUGAUAAUAAAACUACAAAAUUGUAUUCUCCAAAAAUGUCAAACCACCGUCAAACGCGUUCUUAUUGGUCAAAACUUCAAGAAUCAGUUUAUGAUAUCAAGAUAAUAACAAUACGAUUUGUUUUACGUUUUUAAUUCAAUGGAAGUAAUGCAAGUCUAAGUUAAAUACGAGAAUAGGGUUUUGGCAAGUAUUAUGAUUUAAUAAUUUGGUUGUCUCAAAAGCCUAUGCAGUAGUAUCAUCUCCAUGUCUAGAAGUGUAGUCUCAGGUAGUAUGUAUUUCUGUAAAGGUGCCGGUUGGCAGCGGGCGACAUGAAGCAACCGCAG